UACAUGGCACUGCUUCCUCAACACCCAGUGGCAACAGCCUUUCCCCUUAUCCUACACCACACCGACCAAUUAAAAUGCGUUCCCUCCUCACCCUCAGGCCACCACCACCUCCAUGCCUCUUCAGCUUUUCUCCUUCCUCUCCUUGUUCCUCAUUCCUCUUCAGCUUCAGACCCAACAAGAGAUUCCACUUCUUCACUCCCUGCUCUUCUUUGAAACAGACCAAGAAGCAGAAGAAUACUACUGCUCCUAGUACUGCUCCACAGAGCCUGGGUUGGUUCUUUAGCAAUCCCAAGAGCGAAGAAGAAGGCGGCGGUGGAGGAGGUGGUGGUGGUGAUAAGAGAGGAAAAGAUGACGAGGAGGGUGAGUUGGAGUUGGAGGGUGACACUGCGGUUAAGGGUACCAUUUUGGCUGGUGUGUUGCUGGUCGGUUUGGUUGGUGGGUUUGCCGCUGUUGGGUAUGUCUACAAGGACCAGAUCAGUGCGUUCCUGAACCAAUUUUCGACUUUCAUCGAAGGUUAUGGCCCGGCUGGAUAUGCUUUAUUUGUAGCAGUUUAUGCAGGAUUGGAAGUACUUGCGAUUCCAGCCGUUCCUUUGACCUUGUCAGCUGGUCUUCUUUUCGGCCCUGUUAUUGGCACUAUUAUUGUCUCUAUCAGUGGAACUAUGGCAGCCAGUGUGGCCUUUUUAAUUGCUAGAUAUUUUGCUCGUGAGCGAAUUCGUAAACUGGUUGAAGGAAACAAGAAAUUUCUAGCAAUUGACAAAGCAAUUGGGGAAAAUGGCUUCAGAGUUGUUACCCUCCUUCGUUUGAGCCCUUUACUUCCAUUUUCUUUGGGGAAUUAUUUAUAUGGAUUGACAUCCGUGAAGUUUGUACCAUACGUUUUGGGAAGUUGGUUGGGGAUGCUUCCAGGAACAUGGGCUUAUGUGAGUGCUGGUGCAUUUGGGCGAGCCAUUAUUCAAGAGGAAUCUGAGGUUGGUUUACCUGGAGGAAACGGCCAGCUAAUUACACUUGGGCUUGGACUGUUGGCCACAGCACUUGCUGCAGCUUAUGUGACACGGCUUGCAAAGGAUGCUGUAAAAGAUAUUGAGUAGACACAAAUAAUGGCUCUACCCUAUUAAUGGAUCACAAUCUGAAUAGUAGGAUUGACAGGUGCACCAGUCUUGUAAAUUCAAGUAUGUUAAUCAAUUCAAAUAGAAACCUUUGAUUCUUUUCAAGUGUAUCGGGUAUGAUAUACUACAUAGAGUAAAUAAGCGUGGUUAUAGCUUAAUCCUUAUCAUUUACCUCGCCCAUUUUCUUUA